AUGGCACGGCUCUCCAUCAAGCCGCCACCGUUCUGGAAGCCUGAUCCACGCAUGUGUUUCGCACAGGUGGAGGCGCAGUUUGUGCGAGCAGGGAUUAUGGCCGAUGAGACGAAGUACUACACAAUUGUAGCUGAAAUUGAUUCAGCAGUUCUCACUCACGCUACCGACAUAAUUUCAUCACCACCUGUUAGUGGCAAGUACGACGCAUUAAAGCAAAGACUGAUUACUGAAUUCGGCGAGUCGAACGAAAAAAGUCUCAAACGCUUAUUUGAAGGUUGCGAAUUGGGCGAGAAGAAACCUACUACUUUGCUUCGUGACAUGAAAGACUUAGCAAGUCAGCGAGUCGAUAAAGACGUUUUGAAAUCAUUGUGGCUGCGACGUUUGCCUGUACAAGUGCAGCAGAUUUUAUCAACACUCGAGGGCGAUAUCGAAGCUUUGGCUAAGAAAGCCGAAUAUCAUGGAGAUUGCAACGGCAAAUGGUAA